AUGUCUGAGCAGAGGCAACGCACACUCUCCACGUCAGGAGAGGCCCUUUACCAGGUGCUGGGCCUGGACAAGAGCUGCACCCAUGAAGACAUUAAGAAGUCCUACAGGAAACUAGCUUUAAGAUAUCACCCAGACAAGAAUCCAGAAAACCCUGAUGCCACAGACAAAUUCAAAGAGAUAAACAACGCUCAUGCCACACUGUCGGACGUGACCAAAAGAAACAUUUACGACAAGUACGGCUCCCUCGGUCUCUACGUCUCGCAGCAGUUUGGGGAAGAGAAUGUCAACACAUACUUCAUGCUGUCCAGCUGGUGGGCUAAGGCCCUCUUUGGCAUCUGCGGCAUACUGACGGGCUGCUACUUCUGCUGCUGCCUGUGCUGCUGCUGCAACUGCUGCUGUGGGAAGUGUAAGCCCCACCCGCCGGGCGAGGAGGACCCAGAGUACUUUGAGUCUCCUGAGGACCUGGAGGAGCAGAUCCGCACUGACAUGGAGAGAGAUGGUGACACCCCCAUUGUGCUCCAGCCAACCAACGCCAGCGAGAAGACCCAGCUAAUUGGGGAUGGACACCGGACCUACACCUAAUUACAGGGACGCUCCGUUCACACCACCUCAGAGGUUAUCGU